AACCCCACACACCAACAUAGAUCUGCGCGUAAAAGCAAGACAAACAGAGAACGGUGUGACAAGCGGGAAGUCGUGUGUGUUAUGUACGUUUAAAUGAACAUGGAGACGUUCUUAUGUCAGAAUUGAGAUUGACCAUAAAAAUAGAAGCAAUGGGAUCGCGUGACGUAUUUCCUAAAAGCUGUACUGAACCUUGUGCGAUACCUUACUUCAUGGAAGAAGGCUUCGGUUAUCUUUCAACAUACAGCGAAUUUUACAACACGCCUGCUCCGAGCGAAAACAUUUGGAAGAAGUUUGAUCUUCCAAAUUCUCCGCACUCGCCUGAACUGGUUCUGUACGAGGACUGUCAUCUUCCAUCCAACGUACGGGAACACUUACAGCUGGAGUCAGACCUUCUGGAUAGUGAUUUUGAACCCUCACGAAACAUUGCCCACCUUGAUUUUAGUGUCCUUAGUUGCUGGCCACGACAGAUGGGGUCAGCAGCGGUCAAGGAUGGUCUGAAGGUGGAGUUAAUGCAUGACUGCAUGUGGUCUGGCCUUUGUACGGACGAUUGUAAACAGAAAGAGAAAGAAAAGAUUGCAACUUCUGGAUUCACUUCUAGAACCUUCCCUCCCAUAUCGCCUUCUCCAUUUACUAGUCUUUCAGCAACGACAGACUCUCAGUCCUUGGCCGAAGAUUCUUCUACCGUCCUUCCUCGGGGCUCAAGUCCCUUGAGUAAUGACCACAGUUAUAAUCGACCUUAUUUACAAACUCAAAAUAACUGCUACAAGACUAACAAGUUACGUCAUUUCGACUCAACGUCUAAUAGGGCAGAUGUGGAGAACUAUGACAGUGAUACUCCAUCAGACUUCGAUAAGGAAGUAGAUGUCGUGACCAUCGAAGAAUCACCAGCUAAGCCUAAAAAGAAAGGAUUGUUGAAACGCAGUGAACAUAGCAAUCCACGCGCGUCACCGUAUUCUAUCGAGGAUGAAAAACUGGUUGUUCGGAAAGCGGUUACACUAGUUGUAUUACCGUGCGAUAACAGUGCUCUCUGUGUUGCCAUCGGACGUAAUCAACCAUCAAGAACACAAAGAUUGAAGCACAGUAAGUUUGAAAUAAAUAAAUCACGGACUAGAGGGAGUUGCAGUAGCCCAUCUAGCCCUGACUCUGAAGAUCCUUUAAGAGUAAGAAAAGAGCACAACAGCAUGGAAAGGAAAAGACGAAACGACUUACGUUUCGCCUUUCAGAUCCUCAAAGAAAAUGUUCCUGAUUUAAAAGACAAUCCUAAGGCCCCAAAAGUGAUGAUCUUAAAAAAGUCGGCUGCAUAUAUUUAUCAGCUAACUAAAACAAGCCAGUUAUUAGAUCAAACAUUGAAAGCUGAAGCAAAGAAAGAACUGAAACUCCAACGGAAACUGCGACAGCUACAAAACAGUGCCCGUGGUUUUUGGCAUAACUGAUUUAUAGUGUUACAUGUGUCAUAUGCAGAUAGAAGCAACAGCUGAUAGUGGUAGACAGUCCACUCUGUUCUAUGCUAUAUAUGUUAAUCUUCAAGAUUGGAUCGUUUUUUUAUUCACUUUAAUACAAUAUUAUAAAUAAUGCAAAACUUACCAUGUUAUAUUUUGUAGUAUUAACAUAUUGAUCUUAGAAUUAAAUUUUUGUUACCAGCAGUAAAAUAUAGUCAGACUAAUUUUGUCCAGCAAAAAGUAAAUAAAAAAACUUGAGUGCAGUCAGAAUAUACACAUUACUAGUUUUAGUGUUACUUUUCGCAAACAGACCAUUAUAAUAUUGUGUUAAUUUAGGCUUAGUAUGAGUUGGAAUGUUUAAAAGUACCAUCGAAGAAAAAGCUUAGGUUUAUUGGAUAGUUAUAAAGCUUUCAGAGAGGUGCGCGUUAGACAGUUAAAUGUGUUUGCAGCAUCUUUGAACAUCUGGCUGAAUGGCUAGGUCUCUUGUCUGUAUAGGGCUAUAGGUUUUUGUAGACCUGUGAGGGUCAGGUACAUUUGACCUCUUGAUGCAUGGUAGGUGAUCUCAGAAUAAUAUUAAUUUAAUCACUACAAGGGAAUCGGAGUGUUGCUAGUCUGCGCUGUCAAUCUGACCCCUUUCAAGGCCAUGUCCAUAAUUAUUGUAAUAUUCAUGUGUUGAAUACAUCAUCUUUUCAUUAGUUAGUGCAAAUUUCUACAUAUCGCGAACAGUUCAAUAUGUAUUGUUAAAAUUUUUUCGUUAAUUUUAAAUUUCCCCAGUAACUUAAAACUAAAAAAGAGUUAGAAGUCUAUCAUUAGGUGGUCUUAAUUUAUGUUUAUUUCUAAUGUAUAUAUAAACUAGCGAGAGUUUCUUAGGGUUAUCUUUAUCAUGUAUACAGCAAAAAUCUACUUCACAUAGUAAUUCAUUUUUGCCCCAAUUUUUCGCGAAAUAAUUUAGCGAGCUAUGUAGGAAUCUGUCGGUUAUUGUUUCAAUGUUUGCAUAAUUGUGCAUUAAUUUUGAGGAGGUUAAUCUUGGUACUUUGUUGUAAGUAUGUAAUUAUAUACUGUUUGUAAUUUACUUUUGAUACGUUUAGGUGUCACAUUUAACCAUGAGGGACAUGCAUAUUCGAUUACUGGAGGUGUGUAUGUUUUGUAUAAUCUGAUUAUAUUAUCAACUGUUGCUCCACUAUUCCUGCCGUUAGACUUCUAGAAAUAGUUCGUGCAUUGCCAAACUUUGGUUUUAAUAUUACUUAUGUGUUUGAUCCAUGUAAAUUUUGAAUCGUAUGUUAAGCCUAAGAAUUUUGCUGAUGAUGAUGUAGUCUGGAGAAAUGCUCUGUACAUAUAUAGUUCGAGUGGGUAUAUUUCUAUGCUUUGUUAGUUUUGUAAAAACUACUAAUUGAUUUUUGGGACAUAUUUUAAUGGGAUAUUUUUGAUUGUAUUCAACUAAUCUGUUUAAUUAAGGUUGUAGAUAUGUGGUGGAGUUUGAGCACUUUUCUAGGCUGCCACAUCAUCUGCGAAUUGUGAAGAGUAUCCAUGAUUCGGAUCCUUUAGAGGCAUGUUGGCCUGGCAAGGCCUAGUGGUUAGGGCGCUCAACUCACAAUUUGAGAGUCGCGUGUUCGAAUCCCCAUCCCACAAAACA